UCUCCUUAGCUCCUAAGUAAUCAAACCUCAAAAACAACAUUUUCUAUCUCUCUUUCUCUCCCUAAAAACCUAAUGGAUCAAAACGAAUCUAUAAGCGAGAAGCUAUGGAACAUCGUACGUUUCCUCUUGUACAGAUCCGCAAAGGCGUCUCCAAACACAAACUCGUUGCCGACUUCAACGCCACUCUCAAACGCGGCAAGAAUCUCAUGUUCCACCACCGUCGUCGCGUCCCCGCCCUGUCCACCGCCUCAGACGCUACUUCAUCCGCCGCCGCAGCUGCACCUCUACGAGAAGAAUACGAGUUUAGCUGUAGCAACACUCCAAACUACUCGUUCUCUUUUACCAGUAUUACCUUCGUGAAGAAAAAGAGUCACAAUAGUCUCUUCGCGUGUGGUCAAACGCCUCAGCCGCUCGAUGAUGACGCGGCUGCUGCUAGAGCCAUUCUUGAGCUUCUUAACGGCGUCGGUGACAAAGGAAACGUUACACCGGUGAAUUUGUCGGUGGCUUUGUCUCCUUACUUUCCAGGGUUUGGCCGGACUCCUUUGGUAAGGCCAUUAAGAGUAACGGACUCUCCGUUUCCGUUAACCCCAGAAAAUGUUGACAUGGAGAAAGCCCACGAGGACCAAGCUGCUGAUGAUUUCAUAAAGAAGUUCUAUAAGAACUUAAAUCACCAGAAAAAGUUGAUUGAGUUCAGCUAAAAGACAACCUGAUCAGUGUGUUUCUUCAUAUUUUGCUCUUCGUUAAAUAUUUCUUGUACUCUUUUUUUUCUUCUCCCUUUUGCUGAUAAAAUGCGAAAGAUGUAUAUUUUGGGGGAAUUGUAUUUUCGCAUAUCUUGAAACAAUUGAAUAGUAUCAAUAAAAAAU